AAUAGAUAGUGAGAUAGAUAAAUAGAUGAUAGAUAGUGAGAGAGAGAUAGUGAGAUAAAUGAUAGAUAGAUAUUUAGCACAGCCUGUGCAAAUAUGUGCAGACAAGAGGUGUUUUACAGGAGCAGGCUUCAGAGAGAAAAGGGUCAGCUUGGCAGUGGAAUCGGAACAUCAGCAGUGCAAAGAAGAGAACCCUGGUGGUAACGAUGCCCAGUCAGUGAAUAAACCGUAUUCCAAGAAGAUAGCCCAGUUGGAAGGAGAAGCAGAACAGGCCAAGUCAAAGCUGACUGAAGCACAAAGGCAACUGCAGGAGCCGGAGAACAAAGAACUAAGAGACUUGGUGCACAAAGCUAAACUGCAGAGGGAUUUUCGCAAGAAAACGGAAGAAGCAAAAUUAAAAAUGCAGUGCAAACAAAACAGCAGGACACCACGAAGCUCGUCUUGCUCUUUGUUAAGAAAGAAAAGCGAGUGAGAGAACUAGAACAGAAUGUGGAGCAGAUGCGGC